UCCACUAACUCCAAUUUUUGAAUGUCAUCCUUCUCUUAUUUAUAUGUGUGUGUAUUAUUGUCACCUUCGUAAUUAUUUAUCGUUACGUUCCAGCCAGAAAAAAUGAAUCCUAAGGCCAUUUAUUUCCCAAUUUUCAUAGCAAUCUUUGCUGUUUUAGCAUCGACUCAUUUCAUGAAUCUGCCACGAACGUACUUCAACUCCAUUCUUGAUCGAUGCUCUACAGCUUUAUCGUUAUGUCCUGUUAAUCGUCAUCACCAUCAUCAUCAUCGUCAUGAUACUGACGAUGAUAAGGCCAAACAAUCAGCUUGUGACAAAUUUACUCCUAAUUUCCCCACUAUAGACCCUAGUAACACGUCCAUUCUCUGCGUUGAUCGUAAUGGAUGUUGCAAUUUCACAACAGUGCAAGCUGCAGUUGAUUCUGUUGGGAAUUUUAGUGCCAAAAGAAGCUUAAUAUGGAUAAACAAUGGCAUGUAUUUUGAAAAGGUGAUUAUUCCAAAAACAAAGCCUAACAUCACAUUUCAAGGGCAAGGGUAUACGACAACAGCAAUCAUAUGGAAUGACACAGCCAAUUCUGCAAAUGGCACAUUUUACAGUGGCUCUGUCCAAGUUUUCUCUACAAACUUCAUUGCCAAGAAUAUAAGUUUCAUGAAUGUAGCACCAAUGCCGGUACCCGGGGCAGUAGGAGCACAAGCAGUGGCAAUUAGGAUAGCUGGAGAUGAAGCUGCCUUUUGGGGUUGUGGAUUUUUCGGAGCUCAGGAUACCCUUCAUGACGAUCGUGGACGCCAUUACUUUAAAGAUUGUUACAUUCAAGGUUCCAUCGACUUCAUUUUUGGCAACGGUAAAUCAAUCUACGAGAACUGCCAAUUGAUAUCAAUAGCAAGUCCCGUAGCCGCAGGAGUGAAGUCGAUAAACGGGGCGGUAACAGCACACGGAAGAGCUACCAAAGACGAAAACAGUGGCUUUACUUUCGUGAAUUGCACUUUAGGAGGCACUGGUAGAAUUUGGUUGGGGCGUGCAUGGAGGCCUUACUCCACCGUCGUCUUUGCUAACACUUUGAUGACGGAUAUUGUGGCUCCUGAGGGUUGGAAUGACUUGAAUGACCCUUCAAGAGACCAGACAAUUUUCUAUGGGGAGUACAACUGCUCCGGAGCAGGAUCCAAUAUGGCGCUGAGGGCGCCAUACGUUCAAAGACUAAAUGAUACACAAGUUCUUCCCUUCCUCAACUCCUCUUUUAUUGAUGCUGAUUUGUGGCUUCAAUCUUUCUCCUCUUAGCAUCUUCUCCUUUUUCGUAUUUUCUCUAUUUAAUUAUAACUUCAUGCAUAAUAUUCCAAAAUUGAACAACAUUGUUGUAAUAUUAUUCCGGAUUUGUCUUGUAUAUAUAUACAUCUCAAUUCACACUAUUAUACAUGAACUUUUACUUAAUUGU